GACCGCGAACGCCAGACCGCGAACGCCAGCCACUUUUGGGUCUCCGCGGCCGCCGUCGCUUCCUCUUGAGCCGUACGAGGCCCCGCCCCUUCUGCGUGCUGCCGGAAGAGAGCGAAAGCCGGGUCACCUCUGAGGAGCCGGUGACGGGUUGGAGUGUGAGUAACGGUGCGGAGAUGUGGUUCGAGAUUCUCCCUGGCCUCGCCAUUAUGGGGGUGUGCUUGGUCAUCCCCGGGGUGUCCACUGCGUACAUCCAGAAAUUUUCCAACGGGGGCAAGGAAAAGAGAGUUGCUCGAGUUCAGUACCAAUGGUAUUUGAUGGAACGCGAUAGACGUAUCUCUGGAGUCGAUCGCUACUAUGUGUCCAAGGGCCUGGAGAACAUUGACUAAGGAAGCAUUUUCCUGGCUGAUGAAAAAAAUUACUCAGCUAUGGUCAUCUGUUCCUGUUAGAAGGCUAUACAGCGUAUUAUAUACUAUGCGCAUGUUAUGAAAUGCAUAAUAAAAGUUAAAAAAAAUCUAAA